AUGUUGCUGGAACCGACAGAGUAUCUACGCGGAGUCCUCCACAAAUAUAUUGAGGACAGAGUGGUCUUUGAAGUAACACAAACUUCAGCGCACCAGCAACACAAACCACACGUUCUUCUCUUCAUCGGGGGGCUUAAUGAUGGCCUAUUUACAGUUCCCUACGUAAAGCCACUUGCCAAUGCCCUGAAGCCCUCCCCAUGGUCGCUAUUCUGGGUAGAGCUGUCCUCCGCACACUGUGGAUGGGGCACUAGUAGUCUGAACAAGGACAUUGAGCAGAUUGCACAGAGCAUACAGUUCAUACAGAAGCUCCAAGCCUCUCGGAAUCCCCCAGGAAACAAAAGCAAAGUAGUGGUAAUGGGCCACUCAACAGGCUGUCAAGACGUCUUGCAUUAUUUACAUUCACCAAACCCGCUUGGGCCCCAGCCAGGCGGUCUUGAGGAUGGUCUACUACAUCUAAUUCGACCCGUCGUAGAUGGGGCAAUCAUGCAAGCACCUAUAUCCGAUCGAGAAGAACUACGCAUGAACCUGGAUCGGAGUCCUGACCCAGUCGAUGCCUGGGCCACCUACCGAGAAUUGGUGUCUCUCGCCAAAUCACAGGCAUCCACUGACCUCCUGCCAUUGCAUAUGACUAUCAAAAUGAAAUAUCGGUCUGACACCGCAUUAAGCAGUUACCGUUUCCUGAGCUUGGCUAGUCCAGAAAGUCCGCUGGUACCGUCUGACGACGAUAAGUUCAGUUCAGAUUUACCCUACCAAGUACUUACGGAGACCUUUGGUAGGAUCACGAGAAAUGGCUUGUUAAGGGAUAAGUUGUUGGUUUUAUAUUCUCAGUCCGAUGAGACUGUUCCAGAUUGGGUGAAUAAAGUUGAAUUGUUAGAACGGUGGAAAGAAGCGACAAAUGCUGAGGGUGUGAAGUGGGCUGAUGAAAGUGGACUUAUUCCAGGGGCGGGGCACAAGGUCCAGGAUGAGGGACAGAAUUGGUUAAUUACUAGGGUGUGUUUUUAUUUGAAUAGGCUCGAGAAGACAUGA